GAACUUUCACUAGUUGAUGAACCUGGUGCUGGCAUCGUUAAUGUUUGUAUCGUUGAAUUUGGUUCUGAUGCUGCGGUUGAUGUUGGUAUUGUUGGAUUCGGUGCUGAGGUUGCGCUUGCUAUUGGUAUAGCUGAAAACGGCGCUGGUGUUGCUGUUGCUAUUGGUAUUGCUGUAGUUGGUGCUGAUUUUGUUGUUGCUAUUGGUAUCGUUGGAUUCGGUGCUGAUGCUGCGGUUGCUGUUGAUAUUGUUGGAUUUGGUGCCGAGGUUGCGAUUGCAAUUGGUAUUGUCGUAUUUGGUGCUGAGGUUGCGAUUGCUAUUGGUAUUGCUGAAUUUGGCGCCGAUGUUGCUGUUGCCAUUUGUGGUUGUGAUGUUACUUUUGUUGUCGAGGUUGUGGUUUCAGUCUGCUGUAUCGAUGCCUUUGGUGCAGGCGGUUUGUAUGUAGUCCGUUCGUCGGUUUGA